CACAAGACAAAGCAGGUCAAGCAGGAAAUAAGGGCACAAGGCGCAUCAGCAGCAGCGAAGCAGCAGCAGAGAAGGAAGAACACGUGGUUUUGUGGGGCAAGCGAGACGAACGGCCAGCAGCAGCACGAUGCCAGCGAGGAAGAAAGCGACCCCCACCACCAACGGUGCGGAUGUGGAGAAGAAGGGUGCGGUGAAGGUGCAGGAAGAGAAGAAGCAGAGCCAAGGGAAGAAGAGCAACAAAGCCAAGCCUGGUCGCAAGCAGGCCGCAACACAGGACAAAUCACAGCAGCAAAAGCAGAAGGAGACACAGGAAAAGGCGAAGAAGACCAAGAAGCAACAACAGAAGCAACAGAAGCAGAAGCAGAAAGGCAAACAACAGCCCACAACAACAGGCAGCGCAAGCAGAUCAAACAGAAAACACAAGGCCAAGGCCCUACCCGCGCCUCUCACAGCACAGCCGGUUGCCCUCGGUGAAGAAACCUUCAUUGCCCGAUUGCAGGAGCAUGCGGAUGCUGAGAACUCAGAGCAGCUUCAGAUCGCUCUCCUGCAGGCGUUUGCACGGCCACAUCACGAAUCCUCGCUCCUGAAAUCCCUUCGCAAGAUGCCGUUCACCUCAGCCGUGACUGUGCUGCAGGAGAGCACGGCUGCGCUUGAGCUGUUGUUCGACGCCAGCCCGCAGGAAUUGUCUGCCCUUGCACAGAGCAGGACGCCGCCGUCGCUUGCAUAUGCGCUCACGUUUGUCAACACACUCGUCGAUGCGCACCUUGCCGGCCUCCUCACUGACACAACCUGCGUUCCCCUGCUGAGGAAACUUGCUGAUCUCGUUCACCGCUAUGAAGCGCUGUGCACACAGCUGCAGCAACUUGACGGCAUGAUGUACCACCUGAAGCGGGAGCAGCGACUGCAGCGCACCAAAGGCCGCCGCAAUGCACGAGCGUCCACUGCUGCCGCCAAGUCUACAGCACACGCUCAGCCCGUCGCAUAUGUCACCCGCACAUACACCGUUGAAGCCCUUGACCUCUCCUAACCACCAAUCGGUUGUGUGUGUGUGUGUGUGUGUCUACACGCUGUUUGCCCGUGUGUGCAGUUUACGUGUGUACAUGUAUGUCACGUAUGUGCGUGAAGAGUGUGUUGUAUCAUGCAGUUGGUUUCAGGUUUGUGUGUGUGUGUGAAUGAACAUUAAAUCACGCG